AUGAAAAAAUGGGGAAAUUAUGAAGAAGAUGAGAGGAAAGAUUCUUUAGCUAUAAUAUCUAGAGAAGAUGAAAAAAUAUUUUGGUUGAAAGGAGAAGGAAAGGAAGGAUUAAAUAUCAAUUCAAUUAGUCAAUUUAUUUCAAAUUUUCUCAAUUCUUCACUUGAAUGGAUACCUAAAAACGAAGUUUUGCCUUCCUCAAAAAUUAAAAACAAAAAAGCCUCAAGUGUUUUAAAUAAAUUAAAUUUUGAAUUAUUUAAUGAAGAAAUUUUGAAAAAAGAAAAUCGUUCUUUUGAUGCUGUUAUAUUCUUUUCCGGUGGAAAUUGGCAUGGACCUAGCAAAACUGUUUUACAUUUAUUUCAUCAAGUCAAAAUUUAUUUUGACAAUUUUGGAGAGAAUAUUAAAUUUUAUUUGUAA